AUUACGUCAAUUGCAAGAGUGUGUUACAAUGUAACCCUAAUAUAUAAAUCAGAUUUGUAUCUCUGAGUUGUUGUCUUCUUCCAGAGAACCCCCAUCCAAAAAAGCCCGAGCAUUUUGUCUCUUCUCAUCCAUCGGUGAACAUGUCGAGGAGAAAGACCAGAGAGCCCAAGGAGGAAACAGUGACUCUAGGACCUGCUGUUCGUGACGGAGAGCAAGUGUUCGGUGUUGUUCACAUCUUUGCUUCUUUCAACGACACUUUCAUUCAUGUUACUGAUCUGUCGGGAAGAGAAACUCUCGUCCGUAUCACCGGUGGGAUGAAGGUGAAGGCUGACCGUGAUGAAUCCUCUCCUUACGCUGCUAUGCUUGCCGCUCAAGAUGUUGCUCAAAGAUGCAAGGAGCUUGGCAUCACAGCCAUGCACGUGAAGCUCCGUGCCACUGGAGGAAACAAAACCAAGACUCCAGGCCCUGGUGCUCAGUCUGCUCUCAGAGCCCUUGCUCGUUCUGGCAUGAAGAUUGGUCGUAUUGAGGACGUUACUCCAAUUCCCACCGACAGUACACGUAGAAAGGGUGGACGAAGAGGAAGAAGACUCUGAUUGCCCUAUGAGAGCCUCAUGAUCGUUCAGCUGUGUGCCCUGGACUCGUGUAGUUUCUUGGGUACACGCUUUGAAGUUAGUUUUGUCUCUCCAUUUCAUCUUGUCAAGUUUGGUUCGAAAACUUGCAUCUUUCUUGAGCAUUGUAAAACAUUUAUACAUUUGGAGUUAUUUUGCAUUUUCUUUCUUUAUUUUA